AUGCUAUCAUCAAUUUUCGUGUUACACCUGAUAGGGCUGGCAACGUUGCUUAACGCAUUUAGGGCGGUUUGGAAUUUUUAUGACAAAGCGUGUUCCGGUAAAACUGCGUCGGACUAUGUGGAUUUUAAGAAAUAUAACAUUGAAUUUAAUAAAGGUCAUGAAUUUUGGGGUGAAAAGGUAGCGAUUUUCUACGAAUUUAGUUUCGGUAAAUACCCCUACUAUAAGGAUUACAAUAAGUCCAUCCCGAUUAAUGGUGGUCUUCCUCAGAAUUGUGAUUUCACUGCACAUCUGGAUGUGGUCAAGCAAAAUAUCACCAGGAAAAUCAAGGUCCGGAAUGCUACUGUGAUCGGUAUCAUUGACUUUGAGGAGUGGCGCCCUCUUUUCAGUGAGAAUGGAUACAACCUAAAGCGGCAGAAAUACCACUAUGAACGUCCGAAGCAAGAGGUUAGCGACCUCAUAAUCGCAGUGAGUGAUAAUGCGACAGCGGUUGAUCAUUGCAACAAAACAGUUGGACUGAAGUAUACUACUCCGAAGAGGAUGAGACAUUCGGUCAAUCUGGUUGCCAAUGGAAGAACAUUUUCUGAGGAAGACGCGCUCUGGAAUUUCUUCGAUGAGAUAUGUGAGAAAAAAGGCAAAGUGGAAUUUGCAUCGUAUCAAAUUGAAGCCAAUCAGGGUCGUAAAUUUUGGGGUGAAAAAAUAGCGAUCUUCUACGAGUAUAAUUUUACAACUUAUCCCUACUAUAAAGGCUACAAUCUAAGCAACCCAAUUGCAGGUGGAAAUCCUCAGGAUUGUGAUUUAAGCGCUUUCCUGAAAGAAUUUGAACAACGUAUCAAUGUAGCAAUCGAGCCCAAUUUCAGUGGACUUGGUGUGAUCGACUUGGAACAUUGGCGUCCCCUUUUCGAAGAGAAUGGAAACGAUAAAAUGAGGAUAUAUCAGAACGUAUCGAUCGAGAAAGCCAAGAAACAGUAUCCUAACCUUACUGAACCUGAAGUGAAGAAGAAAGCUGCUGAAGAGUAUGAUGAAGCUGCUAUGGGUUUCUUUGUCAAAACGAUUGAAAAAGCGCACGAACUGCGUCCAAAUGGCACGUGGGGUUUCUACGGUCUUCCCUAUUGUAACUUCAAUGCUGGUAAGAACAACGAAUCUGAGUGCUCAAAGGAGUGGCAGGGCUGGAACGAUAGGAUGAUGGCUAUCUUCAACAAAAGCGAUGCUCUCUAUCCUUCAAUAUAUCUAGGCGAAAAGGAUAAGAUAACUCCCGAUCGCAGUGACCGAUACAUAUAUGCAAUUUUGAAAGAAGCACGAAGAAUUGCCCACAAAUUCUCACCUCCAUUGCCCAUUUACACGUACACCAAGUUUGAAUACGAUCCACAAACCCAGUUCCAAGACUUCUAUUCCGAAGCAGAUUUAUGUAGAACGAUUAAGAAACCAGGUGAUAUGGGAAUAGAUGGUAUCAUCUAUUGGAGCAGCAGUAGAAACAUAACACAUCGCUGUGUUUAUAUCAAAGAUGAAGUGACGAAUCCUGUAGGACCACAUACUAAUGAUACGGUAAUUGGGCACAAAUCCUGUCGAGAAAAAUUGUGCAAAGGUCAUGGGAAAUGUGUAUCGAAGACAAAUACUACGUGCACCGACAAAAACGACUACAGUGUUAAGGAGAGUGAGUAUAUGUGUGAGUGCGACUUCGGUUACGUUGGUGAUUCUUGUGAUCAUACUACAACUACAACCACAACAACAACACCAAAACCGAAGCGAUGA